AUGAGAACACUCCUCGUGUUGAUUUUUUGGGGGUCUCACCCUGGGCAGUCCCUUGGUGCCAUUGUCAGUGUUCACUCUGAACGCAGAGUGAAAGAAUCGCCCCACGCCAACAGAAAUCGAAACUGCGGGGGUUUGCAGCCGAGCGUGCAGCUCCGGGCUGGGGACACGCGUGGGUUGGAACCCCCGGGUGGCUGCGAGCAGGGGCUGCUGCCCCGCCGGCCCCUCCGGCCCUUGGGACCCUGUGGCACCCCGGGCACGGCCGCUGCUCCCGCGGCCGGGGGGGCCGGGCGGGCUCCCGGGGCUGGGCCGGCGCCGGUGCCGUGUCCCGUCCCCCCCGCGGCCGCCGGGCCCGUCCCCUCCCCUCCCACCGUGGAGCCAAGUUCAAACCGCGGGCCCCGGCGCAGCGGGACGGGGCCGGACCGGGCUCCCCGGGACCCGCGGGGCUCCAUGAUUUUCCCCCGGGUGCUGUCCUGUGCUGUUCUGCUGCUCCUGCUGGUGGCCGUGCUGAGCAGAGGCAGGAGGUGCAGCAUCGCCAGGAUCCUGCGGCAGUACCGUGCAGUCAUCUUCCAUGAGCUCCAGAACCUGAGGAACCUGACUGGGUCAGUGUACAGGAGUGGGAGGGCUGGGCCCGCUUGUCGUUCAGACAAGGACCAGAGGAUCCUGCUGUCCAUCUACAACAUCAGCAUGUCCCUGCGGGAGGCGGGGGACACCCUGCAGGGCCCCGAGGAGCUGGUGGUCUGGAGGGUGGCCAGGAACACCAACACUGUGCUCCGGGAGAACUGCAGGAGAAUCAGCAAGAGCCCAGCUCACCCCGGCCCGGCCCCGCGGCGGCAGCCGGCCCGCAGGAGGCAGCAGCGGCUGCGGGACCUCGGCAGGAAGGCGGAGAGGCUGCAGACCUGCUGGGAGAAGCUCAACGCCCUGCACGCUCCCCGCCAAACCUCCUGGGACUCGUAGGAACGGCCUGGCCUCCCACCGGGGGAUGGAUGCGCUGCUCCAGCCCCGGGGCUGGUUUGGGAAGCUGGGACAGACUCAGCCCUGAGGGCUGGAUUCAUC